ACACAGCAGGCUGUUACCUGAGGCAGAGCAGGAAGCUCCAUGCGGCCGGCCCGUUCCCUGCCUUCAUAACGCAGCAGCCGCCGAGAAGCAGCUGGUUCACCUUACAUCCUUUAACCUGAGGCUGUAACCAGGGGCAACCUGGAUGGGCACAACAUGGGCUCAGAUGAAGCUUACAACUUUGUAUUUAAAGUGGUUCUAAUUGGAGAAUCUGGUGUUGGAAAGAGCAAUCUGUUGUCCCGCUUCACAAAAAACGAGUUCAGCCAUGACAGCCGCACAACCAUCGGCGUGGAGUUCAGCACCCGGACGGUGCAGCUCAACGGUUUCUCCAUCAAGGCCCAGAUCUGGGAUACGGCCGGCCUGGAACGAUACCGGGCCAUCACUUCAGCGUACUACAGGGGAGCAGUCGGAGCCCUGCUGGUCUAUGACAUCACCAAGCAUCUGACCUAUGAGAGCGUGGAGCGCUGGCUGAAGGAGCUGUACGACCACGCUGACCCCCACAUCGUGGUGAUGCUGGUGGGCAACAAGACUGACCUGGAGUCAGAGAGAUCCGUUCCCACUGAGGAGGCCAAAGACUUUGCAGAAAAGAAAGGCGUUUUGUUCCUGGAAACCUCGGCCUUGCAGUCGACUAACGUGGAAGCGUUCAACAAAGUCCUGGAAGAGAUUCAUAAAAAGGUGAGCAGCAAAGAAGUGGUGCGAGGGUCCAUAAACGCUGUGACCCUGAAAAGCUCCAGAGCAGAAAGCGAGGAGGAGGAGAAGAAGCCAUGCUGCAAGAACAUCUGAGCCCAAACGUCCCUCUGGGGCCCACAGGGGCCGCAGGGGGGCCGCCUGCAGCGCCGGGCUCAGGCUGGCCAGAGACUGAGACUCCACAUGACAAGGCGAACGGCUCACCGUUCAGCGAAGCGGCUGGUUUCUGAGCUGCACAGGUUUAACACAUAAAACCAGCACCAAGCUUUCAUCCUGGAUCAAAGGUCAACAAUGAAACUCUAAACGGACCUUUGAGGUCAUCUGUGGUGGGAAGUUGAAGCAUUUAUAAACAUGUGUACAGUUUAAAUGAGAGGAUAUCUGACUGAUAAAGAGCUCCCAGCUGCUAGAUGAUGAUGAUGAUGAUGAUGAUGAUGAUGAUGUGUGUUUUGGGUCCUGACCUCUGUGAUAAGAAUGUACUGCAGCAGAUCACUCUGACUGCAGUUUUGGUGAGAAAUAAAUAUUUAUGUAGAUUCA